AUGGAGGUCAUCGACCUCCCUGACGCGAACCUUGCCGAGGCAAUCGCCGAGGCAGAGAGUCGCGAUGCAGACCAUGACGACGCCCGUGCGCCCAGGAAGCGCCGGGCCACGACACACGACGACUCAGACACACACUCCUCGACCUCUGACUCUGCAAGGCCGAGGAAGAAGGCACCCAGAGCCUCCCGCGCUGCCGCUGCAGCGGCUGGGAGGGCUGGUGCUAGUGCCACCAAGGCACCACACCCGACGAGGACGCAGCAGCCCACUGCGACAGUCGCUGCCCCCAGGCAGCCUGAUGAGGACGGCUUUGUUGCCCCACCUAGGAGGCACACCGCCAAGGCUGCCGCACUGCAGCCACCGCAGCCGCUGCCGACCACAAAUGCGUUCGCAGGGGCGGACGCAGACGAGAUGGAGGACGACGAGGCGCCCCUGGUGCCGCCACAGAGGAAGCCGCCGCCCCCACCGCCUAUCGUCGUCCAAUGGGACGGCGAGUACAAAAACUUUGAGCAAAAGAUCGGCAGAGGCUGCACGGCCUUCCAGAGGGGCCGGAACCAGCAGCGAGGCAGAGGUGCUCCGUCUAGAAAGGUGCACCCUACCACCAGCUUCGCUGCCGCCACCAAAAGCGGGCUGCAGCGCUCCGACCUCCACGACAGAGAGAUACAGCAGCCGUCUGCGCCGUCCACGGCUCCGCCCGAGAGGGCGGUGGCCGCGCCUGACGCGCGGGUCACCCGCUCGCGCACGCGUCGCCGGCGCGGGGGGCGUGCCACCCGUGCCGCAGCGCAACAGACAGCCACCGACACUCCGCCGCAGCAGCAGCAAUCAACCCGCGCUGCGCCUCGCCUACGGCCAGAUACUGACGCUUCGCGACAGUCAACGCCACCAGAGAGCCCCCAGUCAACCGCCCCUGUGGCGGAGAGCGAUCGGAGCUCAGCUGCGUCGGUGGCCAUGGGGGCGGUGGGGGCCGCUGGGGCGGCCUCCGCCACUGGGGCGGCCGGUGGCGGCCGCUCCAUACUAGGCGACUGCCGCGGAGCAUCGGCAGCCGGUCGCGGCGCAGCACGAGGCGCCGUCCUCUGCGGCGGCAGAGUGUCUUCGACAGUCCGUCGUGCAGCGGCAGGGGUGGCCCGGCCCGCACGCCGGCGACGCCUGCGCGGGGCGGCAGCCCGCGCGCCCUGCGUGGUCGCGGGGGCUGCCACCCCCACGGGCGAAGCCGUGGACGGCGCGGUCGGUGGCCGCGUCUCACGCUCCACCUGCGCCGAACUUCGGGUGGCGGAAGCUGGUCCUCCCUUGGUGGCGGCAGCAAAGCUGGUGGACGGGUGCACCUUACGAGAAGGAGCGGUCCCUCCCCUCCAUUGA